AUGAAGUUUGCUGCGGCGGUGUUGUGGUUCUCCCUGGCUCUCGGGAGGACGCAAGCUCAAGAGGACUUUGUGUCGCUGGCAGAGAUGGAGGAUUCCUUGUUGAGGAACCUUUUCAAGGGUUACCAGAAGUGGGUGCGUCCUGUCCAGCAUGCCAACGACACCAUCACUGUACGAUUUGGACUGAAGAUCUCACAGCUGGUUGAUGUGGAUGAAAAGAACCAAUUGAUGACUACAAAUGUCUGGCUCUGGCAGGAGUGGGUUGACGUGAAGCUGAAGUGGAACCCUGAUGACUAUGGAGGUGUUACCUCCAUCAGAGUGCCUUCAGAGACUAUAUGGCUGCCUGAUAUCGUCUUGUAUGAAAAUGCGGACGGUCGCUUUGAGGGCUCCUUAAUGACCAAAGCUAUUGUGCGCUGGGAUGGUACCAUAACAUGGACCCCACCUGCCAGCUACAAGUCCUCCUGCACCAUGGAUGUCACCUUCUUCCCUUUUGACAGACAGAACUGCUCCAUGAAGUUUGGUUCCUGGACUUAUGAUGGAAAUAUGGUGGAUCUGGUCCUGGUGGAUCAUUAUGUGGACCGCAAAGACUUCUUCGAUAACGGCGAGUGGGAAAUCCUCAAUGCCACAGGAGUCAAAGGAAGCAGGAGAGACGGGGUUUACUGGUACCCUUUUGUAACAUACUCCUUCAUCCUCAAGAGGCUGCCUUUAUUCUACACCCUCUUCCUCAUCAUCCCAUGCCUUGGCCUGUCCUUUCUUACGGUGCUCGUGUUCUAUUUGCCAUCAGACGAAGGAGAGAAACUGUCACUUUCCACAUCUGUGCUGGUGUCACUCACUGUGUUCCUCCUGGUCAUAGAAGAAAUUAUUCCAUCUUCCUCGAAGGUGAUCCCACUAAUUGGAGAAUACCUGCUGUUCAUCAUGAUCUUUGUCACCUUCUCCAUCAUCGUCACCGUCUUUGUCAUUAAUGUCCAUCAUCGCUCCUCUGCAACCUACCACCCCAUGGCCCCCUGGGUAAAGAGUCUCUUCCUUCAGAGACUGCCCAGACUGCUAUGUAUGAGGGGGCACACUGACAGAUACCACUUCCCAGAUAUGGAGAUGCGCAGCCCUGAGCUGAAGCCCCGCAGAGGUGCGGGGAGGAGGGGGGUUACCGGCCACAGUGCUGGCCAGCAGCGAGGACCCCUCGGGGGGAAGGAAGACGAGCACCAAGCCUGGCUUGCCAUGCUAGAGAAAGCCACGACUUCAGUUCGCUACAUCAGCCGUCACAUCAAAAAGGAGCACUUCAUACGAGAGGUGGUACAAGACUGGAAGUUCGUGGCUCAGGUGUUGGACCGGAUUUUCCUCUGGGCAUUCCUAACAGUGUCAAUAUUAGGAACGGUCCUAAUCUUCACCCCUGCUCUGCAGAUGUACCUCAGUUCACCUUAA